AUGGAUUCUCAGAAAGAGUCAAGCUCAAGCCUUUAUAAAACAUAUAUGGAUCAGAGUGAUAAUGAAGCUAAUAAUACCAACACAUCUUCAACAGCCAAAUUAAUUAGCUCUAAAAAAAAAAAGAGAAAAGACAAAAAAUGUGAACAAGAAUAUUUGCAUGAUAAAUCAACAUCAAAUAUGAUCUCUCACCUACGAAUACAACAUAAUAUUGUUGAUAACAAAAGGCUUAAGUCUGAAAUACAACAAAUUCGACAAACUACUUUACCUAAUAUAAUCAAAAAUAAUAUUCCACAUAAAGUAAUGGAAAGAGACAGAUUGCCUUUACCUCAAUCAACAAAUAUUAAAUCAUAUCUUGAAAAUGAAGAGCCUGGAGAAAUCGAUAAUGGGAACAAUACAGAUUUGGAACAAUCAUUAAUUAUAAAUACUGUUUCAAAAGUUCUUCAUUUAAUUAAAGAUUGUCCUACCAGAUGGAAUUCGGAAUAUCACUCUUGGAAAAGACUAUUAAAAUUAAAAAAAUUGGUUGAAGAAUUAAUUAAAAUUUUUGAACCCUUUAACCACGCAACUGAAAAAUUUAGUGCCAAGAAUUAUUCUACUUUAUCAGUUGUCUAUCCCAUUAUUGAAGUUCUAAAGUUUAAAUUUGCAAUAGAUCUGAAUUUACUAUUGAUUGAAGAUAGUAUUGAUAAAGAAAAUAAAUCAGAUAUAGAUAGUGAUAAUGAAUAUGAAAAUGUUACAGAUUUACAAGAAAAACUGAAUAUUCAUUCAGUUGUUGCCCAAGUCAAUCAAAGUCUUAUAGCAACUCUACUAGACCCAAGGCUUAAAAAAAUGCAUCCUUGGUCUAAUUAUAUAUGUAAAGAAACAAUUAGAACAUGUCAUGAAGAACUUAAUACUAUAGCUGGUGAAAUUCUAGUACAAGCAAUUGCCUCACCCAAUAUGACUUUAGCUAAUCAGUACUUUGCAUCAAUUUAUGAUGAUGAUAAUGAAGACAAUAAUAGUAAUUUGUCAACUAAUGAGCUGAACAAAUAUUUGGAUAUUAAUAGAGUUUCUAUUGCUUCCAAACAAACUUGA